AGAUGCCAGUUUGACCUUGAACUUUGAGCAUGAACCAUCGUCAGUCAUGGUGGAGGCUGACAACAAACGGGCAGUGUUCCGUUGUUCUGUGAAUAUUCCAAAUGCAUACAUUAGGUGGCUGUGGAAUGGAGUGCCUGUGGAAGAAGCCAAACCUCGACAUAUAAGUUUGAGAACAAGGAGACAGAAACUCGUUGUUAGGAUUUCAAGAAAAGAAAAACACCAUUCUCACAGUCCAUCAAAAAAUGACCACUUUCAGUGUAUAGCAUACCACCAGGGAAGAGCAUUAGUAAGCCGCCCAGCAAAGCUUAUCGUAGGAGAAUUACAACCUUUUCCUUCAGCAAAUGAUGUAACACUGUCUGUGAUAGCUGGAAAUACAGCUGUAAUCCCUUGUGUUCCUCCACAUGGUAUACCCCAGGUCAUCACUGAGUUCACCUUUAAUGACACAAAAAUUGAACUUUCAGGUCGGCACCAGCGACAGCCGUCAGGGGACCUGCAAAUUUUUGAUGCUCAGUUAGUGGACAGUGGCACUUACAGAUGUUCAGCAUAUAAUCCUCUAACACAGCAAUGUGUAGAAGCUUCGUACCAAGUGUUUCUAACGGUAACAAAUGAAACAUCCCCCAUCCCUCCUAGCUUUAUUGUGACUCCAAAUAUCUCUACAAGCGUAGUGCUGGGAGGUAAUGUCACCUUGGAGUGUGUGGCUGUGGGAGUGCCACCACCCAAUAUAACAUGGUUGAAGAAAUAUGGUCAACUUCAUAAGCAUAGUUCCUCUCAAAUAGGAGGUAAUCUGUUGUUGCUAGCUGUUAGGAGGGAAGAUGAAGGAAUGUACACAUGCCUAGCCUCAAAUGGUGUUGGACCAGAAGCAACAUGGGUUACAAGUUUAGAAGUUAACGAGGUUCCUUUGAUCAUAAACCCCCCAGAAAGCCAGGAAAUAGAAGAAGGAAAGUCUCUAACCCUAAAAUGUGGCACAAAGGGACAGCCCAAACCCUCAGUUAGUUGGUUACAUGAUGGAAUAAGAGUUAUUAAAGAUCAGUGGGUAACACUAAAAGGUUAAU